AUGGUCAAACGCCGCAGAAAGACGCGCACCCAUCUCAAGGGCCCCAACAACAGCGCCUCGACCUCCACGAGCGCCCCCAAGUCGUUCAUCAUCCGCACGGGCAAAGUGCCGCGCGCGGUAUCCACCCUCGUGCAAGACACGCGUAAAGUGAUGGAGCCCAACACGGCGACGCGGCUCCGCGAGCGCAGCUCGAACAAGCUCAAGGACUUUAUCAGCAUGGCCGGGCCGAUUGGCGUCACACACCUGCUCAUCUUUGGACAGACGGAUGCGGGGACGAAUCUACGCAUCCUGCGUGCGCCACGCGGACCGACGCUGACGUUCCGCGUGAACAAGUAUGCGCUGUCCAAGGAUGUGCAGGCGAGCAGUCGGCGGCCGAGUCCUCCAGGAAGCGAGUUUGUAACGCCGCCGCUGCUGGUGCUCAACAACUUUGGAGGCGAGGAGAGGCAGAUGAAGCUGCUGGUGGCGACGUUCCAGAAUUUGUUCCCGCCGAUCCAGGUGCAGUCAAUGAAGCUCAGCCAGGCGAGACGCAUCGUUUUGCUGAACUACAACUCGGCAACGGGCACCAUCGACUGGCGACACUACCUCAUCUCGGUGCGACCGGUCGGCGUCUCAAAAAGCGUGCGUCGGGUCAUCGAGGGCUCGUCGCGCUCCUCCUCCAGCGCCGCCGGCGGUACCAACCGCGGCAAACUGCCCAACCUUGCGUCGACACAGGACAUCUCGGACUACGUGCUGGGCCGCACGUCCGGUGCCACCGAGUUCGAGACCGACGCCUCCGAUGCCGAGUCCGAGGCCGAAGACGUCGCGGACCCGCGCAACAAGGUGCAUCUCCACGACCGGUACGUAGGACGCGGCAAUGCGGCCAACACGCAGAAGGCCGUGCGGCUGCGCGAGAUCGGCCCGCGCAUGGAGCUCAAGCUGGUCAAGAUCGAAGAGGGCUGCAACGAGGGCGCGGUGCUGUUCCACGAGUACAUCAAGAAGACGGCGCAGGAGCAGACGCAGCUGCACCGCGAGCAUAUCGACAAGAAGAAGUUGCAGGAGCAGAGGCGUGCCGAGCAGGAGCUCAACGUCGAGCGCAAGAAGGCCGAGAAGGCCGAGCUGCGCAAGGCCAGUCGCAGGAACGCCGGGCUGGCAUCGGACGACGACGCUGAUGCCAGUGACGCCGCCAGUGACGCCGCCGAUGACGAGGACGCUGGCGAAGACGACGACGGCGAGGACGACGACGACGAAUUUGCAUACGAAGACCAGUUCGGAGAGGCACCCCAGGACGACGAGGAGCUGUUUGACGAUGACGACGAUGAUGCAUCCGUCGAGGACCAGGACACCGAAGACGCCGAGUCCGAAGAAGACCACCACGAGGGCGGCCAGCCGUGGAACCCACACCGCAGCGCGUCAGGCGGCUACGACAACCCGCCCGGCAUCGACCCCUACUCGGACGAGUCCGACCUAGAGCCCAUCCCGCUCGGGUCCCUGCAGCACGACUACAACAGCGCCGACGAUUGGCCCGGGUACUCGUCCGACGACGCCGACCAGUCCAAACCACCGCCGCCGCCGCCGUCGAAGAAAAAUAAACCCAACUCCGGGGCUCAACAGAAAAAGAAAGCCCGUCGCUGA